AUGGAAGAAAUUCAAGAAAAGAAACAUUCUUAUGAAAAAUUAACUUCACCUGGUAGUAGUAGUAAUGAUGAUGUUCUUGAUGAAAAGAUGGUAGAUACAAUGAUCGAAAUACCACAAAUUUCAUCAUUGCCAUUUAAACAAGUAAUAGAUGCAGCUACAUUUUCUCCAGAUGGAAAGUUUUUAGCAACGUAUGCUUCAAAGGAAGGGAAAUUAGUAAUAUGGAAGGUAUCGGAUAAAAGAUUUGAAGAAACGGUUGUAACUAGUCAUAGACUCGAACCAAUUUGGCAUUCAAAUCCAAUGAAAACAGAUUUAAAACCUCGAAACUAUAUGGAGGAAAGAGAAAGUUUCGCAUCAUCAUUUACUCAAAAGAUAUUAAUGACAAAUAUAGAUUUUGCAUUAUCAAAUGAAGGAAAAUUUGUUGCUCUAAGUUUAGUAAAAUUACCACAAGAAGGGAGACAAUUAGCAUUUGAACUAGUUCAACCUCCCCCAGAUAAAUACACCAAAUUUUAUACUUACAUAGUUAGAACAGCACUCGAUAGACCAGUAUUUCGUAAGUCUUUAAUGAAAUUAACUGGAACGAUCAAAUUUACUGAAGAUAAUAAAUCAUUUAUUAUUAGUAAUAUUGAACAUAAUAAUUUUGAUCCGCAAAAUGAAGAAAAUAAUUGUAUUUUUGUUAUUUCAACUAAUCAUUGGAAGGUUCAGCACAAACUUAUAAUCGACACUUUUUCUGAAACUCUGCAAGUUAUCCCUCAUCCUUGGUCACAAAUGAAAAUUGUUAAAAAUUCACUUCUACCAGGACAUUUUAUUUUUGUCGAACAGUGGGAUACAGCCUUGUUGUGGUCGUUAACAACUGGACAAUUAGUUUCGCGUUUCAAGUGUUUAGCAAAGGAUUCAUUUCUUGAUGCAGAUUCUUCACCAACAUUAUUCGCGUUAUCUCAUGAUCAACAAAUGUUGGCAACAUGGACGUCAAAAGGUGUCUUGACAAUUUAUUUAUGUGAAGGGGGUCUUACAUUUGCAUCAUCAUUACAUAACGAUGACAAAAAAGAAAAUUCAUUAGAUGUUGAUAGUAACGUAAGUAGAAAAGAAAUUUUUUGGUUAGAAGGUGAUGAGCAUAUAAUAACAAUUAAUUCAACUGGAAAAAAUUCAACAGAUAAUUGUGUGCAAAUAUGGGAUAUUUAUACUUGUGAACCUGUUAGUAGAUUUGAUAAUAUAGAUCCUACUUGCUUAUUUGCACCAAACGGAAAAGAUAUUUAUGUCACUUUCAAAAAUGAUUUACCAAGGUUAAAUAGAAUCAAAUCUCCAAAAUCUUAUCAUAUACAAAAUGAUAUUUCAAAGCAACAAAUGAUUGGUAGACAUCAUUUUUUAGCAUUAGGUUUCAAUAAAAUUUAUCAAUACGACAAUAGUAAAGUAUUAUUGUUUGAAUAUUCUCCCGGUCGUCAAAAUGAAUCGAUUUUAAGCGAUGACCAUCCAAUUGUGAAAUUACGUAUCGAACCUUGGCUAAUUUACUCACCUAUUAAAUCUGGAUUUUGUUUGGAUCCAGAUAUGAAAAGAGUUUUGUUUAUUGGUCAUUAUACUGUACAAAUUUGGAUUUUUAAUGAUGCAACCCCACGUUUACAAUAUAUUUGGUGUCGUCCCAUGAGGGAUAAAUUGAGACAAUCUCUUAAGACAACAUAUGCCACCAUUGAAAAUGCUACUCUUCGAAAAAGUCAAGAUGGUAGAUAUACGUUGGAACUUCGAUGUCAAGUAAAUGACCAAGAUCAAAUUGGAUUUUCAAAAGUAAAUCAUGAUCAUCCUUCAGAUCAUACCAUUGGUAAUGUACCUCCUGGAGCAAUGGCAAUCACUAGAUUAGAAUCUAAAAAUCAAUUCAAAUUUGAUCUAUUAUUACCAAAUGACAAUGAAUUUGGCACGUAUAGUAUUGUAUCAAAUGCUUCAAAAUCUUUAGGGUUUUUAGCUUAUGCUGAAAGAUUAAAUUGGAUUCAAAUUAGUUCUGGAAAUGUAUAUCCUUAUUUUAGAACUUUACUCACACAGUGUCAGUCGAUAGUUUCCGAUGCAAUACACAAAAAUCCGCAUGUAUUCAAUCAAAUAGUCGAAGGUCAAUCACCAUUGGAGAUAUUAAUAAAAGCAGAUUGUUCAUAUGCCGAUAAAUUGAUCAAGGAACAUUUAAAAACGGACAAACAUAUACCAAGGUUUCAUGAUGUUGAUAGAACAAAAUCUGCAUUGGCAAGGGCAAUCAGUCUUGGUAAAACCGAAGUUGUACAUUCUUUAUUAAAAUAUUAUUGUAGAAGAUGUGAAGAAAAUCCUGUAUCAUGGACUAUAACAGUUGUACCGGCCUUUGCUUCUUUAAGAACAGUUUAUCCUGAUUUUGCAUUAGAAUUUGUGAGAAGAAUAAGUUAUUUACCCGUUAGAGAUGAUAUUGUUAGAACGGAUCAUCAAGAUAUUUAUUCUUAUGCAAAGAUUGAAGAAUUAGAAUAUGAAUCUAAAGAGAAUAUGUGGCAAAGAAUAAUGACAUUGUGGUCAAAAGGUGAAAGGGAAUUUGAUAGACAAGUGGAAACUGCGACCGAAUUUGUUAGGAUACCACAUAAAACGCAUGCAGCUAGAGAAUGCGUUGUACCAUUACCAGACUUUACAGUAUAUAAACCUGCACCAAAAAGUAUACAAAAACCUGUUGAGACAAGUAGAGUACCGAUUUUACGUUUAAUUAUAAAUUAUUUAUUAUAUCGUAAAAACCGUUCACCUUUUAUUAAAGAAGUGUUGUCGGGUAGAUAUGAAAUGUUUGGUGAACCUGCCAUGGAAGCUGUGAUUAAUUUUAAAUGGAGAAAAUUUGCUCAAUGGAGGGCAUUUUUGAUGUUAGCAAUCUAUGCGUUUUAUGCAAGUGCGUUUUUGAUUGGGGUGUCAAUGAAAGAAGGUUCUUAUCCAUUGAUAAGACAAGUCGCCAUGUUGAUUGUAUUAGCUGUCGGCUCUGGAUAUUUCGGAUUAGAGCUAAUGCAAAUGAUGGGACAAUUAGAAAGUUAUUGGUUUAGUCCUUAUAAUUGGUUAGAUUUGGCUCGUAGCGUAUUUCCUAUGGUUGUUGCUGAACAAUACUUGAGAGGUGUUGACCCUUCCCCUGGAAUACGCGGUACCGCGAUGAUGUUCGUUUAUGUAAACCUGAUAUUGCAUUUUAGAGUGUUCAGAGCUAUUGGAAUACCAAUCUUUAUAAUAUUUCAGAUAUUUAAAAAGGUUGGAGAAUAUUCAUCAAUUGAUAAUAUAAAAGGAAGAGACAUGGUUAUAAUGAUAGUGGUAUUCUCUUUUUUUACUACUAUAAUAUUAUUAAAUAUAUUGAUCGCUCUUAUGUCGGACGUGGUAAAUGAAACAAAACUCAGUGGUAAACAAGUUUGGCUUAAGCAAAAAGCCGAGGUCAUUGCGGAAAUUGAAAUGUAUAUAUUCACACCAGGACAGAGGAAAAGAAAGGAUUACUUUCCUUCGUUAAUUUAUUAUAUCGCAAGUCCUGAUGAAAUAAAAUCAUACAAGAAAAAAGAAAAUUCAUCCAUUCCAAAAACCUGA